AUGCCAGGUUACGAGAGAUUGAAUAGACAUAGCGAGGAUAGUGAAGACAACAACGACAUGUCUACCGAUUUGAGUAGAUAUCAACAAUCUACAUCAAAUCUACUCACAGAUGCAACAAAUACAGACACCACCCUGCCAUCCCCAUCAUCGUCAUCGUCAAUACCAAACUCAAACACAAACGACUUGGAAUCACAAACGCCACCGCGUCUUACCCCAAAACAACGCAUAAUACGAGUCAUUAACCACUUGCUACCCGUGAGACAAACUUAUGAACGACUCAAUAAUGGAUUACAAACAGGACGAAUGCAAGCAAACCGGCCCGGCACAUUCAUUGGCCAGGGAACCGACGGGGUUUUCCAAAACUUGAUGGCGAAACCCGAUACUGCAUCAGCUAUCGAACAACAGCAACGCGAGUUACACCCACCGACAUACGAAGAAGCUAAUCAAGACAAUAGCCCCGAGUACUGGGAAUCAACAAUGAUUUCGCCCAUGUUUGAAGAUGAAGUUUUUGUUCAAGGGUUGCCCGUGGGAAACAUUGCUAAUUUCAUCUGGAAUGGAUUAGUUACGGUUGCUUUCCAAUUCAUUGGGUUUAUCUUGUGUUAUUUAUUACAUACUUCGCAUGCUGCGAAACAAGGAUCCCGAUUAGGAUUGGGAAUUAAUCUAGUAAUGUUUGGAUGGGAUAUCUUACCUACGUUUGUAGGAAAUGCUAAAGAGAUUCCCAAAAAAAUUCAAGUUGCUGAUCCCAAUGAUUAUGAAAUUGAGAAAAGUGCUAAAAUUGCUGGUAAAAUCGAUAAUUAUAUAGCUCUGGGUUUUUUUGUUCAAAAUCUGGAUACUGGUGGGGCUAGUUCUGAUGGUGUUGAUACUAGUGGCAAUUAUGGGAAUAGUUCUGCGCCUUAUGUUGCUUAUGGGUUGAUUUCAUUUGGGUUAUUUGUCAUUAUAAAGAGCAUAGUUGAUUUUUACAAAGUGAAGCAAUUGGAGAGAUCGAUUUUGAAUCCGUCAGUUAGCGGAGGCGCUAGUAGCAAUACUACAACUGGUGCUGCUGAUGCCGCUUCCACAACUACGACAGAUGGUCAAACCACACAAAGUAACACCGAUACGAAUGGAGAUGACUCCGAUCCUACUGAUCUACGGUAA